AUGAUGAAUUAUAAAGUAGGUGAUCGUUUGAAGAUUGAGGGGAAUUUUUGCACCAUACGGUUUGUUGGCGUCUUUCCAAAAUGGCCCUCUUCAACCACUUACGGUGUUGAAUGGGAUAAUUGCAAUAGGGGUAAGAACUGUGGUGUAUAUGAAGGUAAAACCUACUUCAAAACGGCUUCAAGAUUCGGUGGCUCUUUUAUCAAAGAAUCUGCACUUAGCAAGAAGGUACAUACCUCUGUUACGUUUUGGCAAGCAAUUGUCAACAGAUACAUGUCAACGUCUGAAUGGGAUAUCUUUUAUUUAGGCUCAAAGAAGAUUGAAGCCGUUGGCAUUGAAAAGUUAAAUGAGAAGAAUAAGAAACUGAAGUCUUUUACCAAGAUGUCUUUGGCCGACCACCUUAUAUGCGAUGCAUUGAUGGAUGAUGGAGAGAUGCAGCUUGUCAAGGAGAAUCUUAUUAAUUUGACAGAAUUGGAUCUAUCGUAUAAUCUUCUGUCGAAUAUUGAUUAUUUAUGUCAAAUAAUAUCACAUUUAACUAAUUUGCAGACUAUCGAUUUGUCCGGUAAUCGGUUUGUAGGGCGAAUACCACACAAUGCAUCAUAUUUGUUUACCCAAGUUAAAUCGUUGUCGUUGGUAGAUUGUGGCCUGGAUAAUGAACAACUUCGAAAUCUCUUUAUGAUAUUUCCUUCAAUUGUAAAACUCGAUAUAAGUAAGAAUGCGCUUUUGGACAUCGAAGAUGAAAAGCUGGUUUUUCCUAAAAGCAUGAAGGAAUUGGAUUUUAAUUACAAUAAACUGAAGCAUUUAUCACAAAACCUCUUUGGCCCCAAUAUUGAAAUCUUGAAUAUGUCUCAUAACGAAAUAGAAUUUGUGGAGGUGGGAUUCUCCCUUUGUUUGAAAAAUAUUGAUCUAUCAUAUAAUCGCAUUAAUUGUUGGGAGGCAGUCGAUCAACUAAAUGCGAAUUUUCCUCAGCUCUAUUCGUUACGAGUGAAUAAGAAUCCUCUACUUUGGAAAGAUGAUAUCUCCAGCUUUUAUGAAGUUAUUGGGAGACUAAACAACAUCAAAAUAGUAAAUGGCUCUUUUCUAUCUGAUGAAUUGAGAUAUGAGGCUGAGCUCUUUUUUGUCUCAAAGUUGCGAGAUGGUGAAACGUCUCUAAACAAAAGCUUGAAACGGUGGGAGCUUCUGUCACAUAGGUAUAGAAUUACACCAACCAGCAUGGUACCAAUGAAGACGGGAUUAGAUCAAGUUUUGCUUGAGGUUAGCCUUGUGGAUCAAGAUAAACAUAAAACCGAACAUUUAACAGUAUUGUCUUCCUACAGCGUACGUUACUUAAAAUGUAUAUGUUGCAAGAAGCUUAACAUGAAUAUGUUUAGGAUAAAAAUAUAUCAUGGUGUCUCCUCUGAAGUAGUUGAUGAAUUAGACCGUGACUUCUACACCUUGAGUCAUUUUAAUAUUAACGAUGGAGAUACAAUCUAUUUGAAGACCAAGUAG